CUUUAAACUGUUUGCAACCCGCUAAUAAACCCAACAAAAGAAUAUUAGCUUAACCUCCCAUCGGCUGCAUCUCUUGUCUCUCCGUGUUGGACUGUACAGUCAACUAAAAUAAGACAUUACAGAGACAGUGUGCUGAUGAAUGAUGUCGGCCAGUGAUGACUCUGCCGACUUGACCAGACCAGACUCCCCAGUUCAUCACAGAAAAAAACACAGCAUGGAGUCAUCAAGAUCUCCCAGAAACUCCAAACACCACCAUUCACGGUCAAGGUCGCGCUCCAGGGACCGAAAACGUGACAGAAAAUACAGGAGAAGUCGAAGCAGGAGCAAAGAGGCACGAAAGCGGGACUCUGAGAAGCCAUCAAAGUCGCACAGAAAAACCGAUGAGCAGCAAGAGCAGGAGAGACUUUCAGCAGAGAAUGGAGAGGAGCGAUCCAGACGCAAAGACAGGAGGCCCUCUAAAGGCCGGAGCUUGUCCAGGUCACACUCACGAGAGAGGCGGCAUCACAGUAAAAGCAAAGACAAACGGCGUUCGCGGUCACGCAGCCGAGACAGGAAGAAGAAGGCCAGGUCUCGCUCGGGUUCAAGGACCAAACACCGUCAUCAUAGCAAAAGCCGUAGUAAGAGCAGGGAGCGAAAGAAAAGGAGUGAGAAAGUGCGCAGAAAGAGUCGAAGUAGGUCUGUUAGUCCACCUGUCUUCCGGGGACGAAACACAGCUAUGGAUGCACAAGAGGCCCUGGCCAGAAGGCUGGAGAGAGCAAAGAAACUACAGGAGCAGAAGGAAAAGGAAAUGUUUGAGAAACAGCAGCAGCAACAGCAGGAGAUAGUUGCAGUAGCUGCCCCCAUCGCAGCAGUGGCUGCAGCGGCAGCUGCCUCAAACCCUGCCCUCAACGUGGCAGCCCUCUUGGCUUCUGGGACGCAGGUCACGCCUCAGAUUGCUAUGGCGGCACAGAUGGCAGCCCUUCAAGCAAAGACACUGGCAGAGACUGGUAUUGCUGUACCCAGCUUCUACAACCCAUCUGCGGUUAACCCCAUGAAGUUUGCAGACCAGGAGAAAAAGAGGAAACUGCUAUGGCAGGGGAAGAAGGAAGGAGACAAGUCCCAGACAGCUGAACUGUGGGAGAAGCUAAAUUUUGGAAACAAGGACCAAAAUGUUAAAUUUCGCAAACUAAUGGGUAUUAAAGGGGAUGAAGAGGCUGAAACAUCCAAACCACUCAAUGAAGAUGGUAUAAAGACGCUCCAAAAGCAGGAGGAGAUGUUUAGGAACCUUGACGUUCAGUACGAGAUGGCUCGGUCUCAGACACACACUCAGAGGGGAAUGGGCCUCGGCUUUUCGUCCUCAUUUUCACGUGGAAUGGACUCCAUCUAGUGCCAGGCCUUGACUGUCAGAAUCAUUCAUCUGUUCAUAUAAGACUACCAGUUCAUCGCUGGCUCUCAAGCUUGCAUGGAUGUUGCUCUGAAUCUGAAUUUAUUUAUAGACUAACAUCUCACCCGUUGGAACGUUAAAAUAAUGUAAAUAGCCAGAUGCUGAGUUUCUCUCAGUGACAAUUGUAACUGUACAUCUUUGGAAAAGGAAGUAUUAGUUUCUAUUGCUAUUUGAUGCUCCUUUAAAUUUGAAAUUUUGUUUUGAAUGAUGUUAAAGCAUUUUUUUUUUUAAACUAAAAUAUAUAUUGAUCUGUGAUUGUUAAACAUAAACUGACGUGGUUCAAAUGGACACCGUUUACAACCAUUUAGCGAAAUCCAUUCAAGGUCAAUGUCAUUAGCAGAGUGCUCGCGUGUCAUUUCUCCUGAGAUCCUGAUGGUGGGCUGUGACACGUCUUGAAGAUUGCCAUUAAUCAGGAAAAGCUUGUGAAUAGUAAUCACAAAUUUCAAAUAUUCUUAAAAUAAAUUAGUUUUGUGUUGAACAA